AUGAGCUUCACACGAGUGACGCGCCGAGGUCGUAUCCUCUUCGUGCUGUCUCUUGUUGUGCUCUCUAUCUGGUAUUUGGCAACCCGGACCGGGCUUAAGCAGAGAGCACCCUCAGUCAAUGACGUACAAGUUGCAUACUCGCACCGCACCAACGAGCAUGUCAAUUUCUGGCGAGAAUUCCAGCCGCUAUUACUGGCAUAUGAGCCGCAAUGCAUGCCUCCUCGUCGUCUCGGAAAUGCGCCUGCAGCUGGCUUCAAGCCAACCGACCCGAUCGCUCGACCGGAGCUGUUAAAGAUGUCUUCCAAGGAGGUGCUAAGAAUGAAGAAUGCACACAGCGACUUCGUGAGAGCCAUCAAUACGGAUACACCUGAGUUAUCCUAUAUACCAAAGAGUAAGGGCUUGGUGACAACAGCAGGAGGCUCAUACCUACCGGUUCUGGUAGUCUCACUGCGCAUGUUACGUCGCACGGGCUCAAAGCUCCCUGUGGAGGUUUUUCUGGCUACACAUGAUGAGUACGAGGAAAAUAUUUGCGAUAAUGUCUUGCCAUCACUGAAUGCCAAAUGCAUUGUCAUGACAGACAUUAUCAACGCUGUCCCGGGAGCGGUCAAGAUUGAAAAGUAUCAGUUGAAGCCAUUCGCGAUGAUAUUCUCCUCAUUUGAGGAGAUUUUAUUCCUUGAUGCCGAUGCCUUCCCAAUUUCCAGACCCGAGUCCUUGUUUGAGAACGAGCCCUUCAAAAGUACCAAGAUGGUCACUUGGCCAGACUUCUGGGCCUCAUCUGCCUCUCCAUUUUACUACGAGAUUGCAUCUCAGGAGGUAGUGUCGAUGAAUUCACGGCAGUCAACAGAGUCUGGUGAACUUCUCAUUUCUAAGAAGACUCAUUUAAAGACUCUUUUGCUUUGCACCUACUACAAUUUCUGGGGACCUACGCACUAUUACCGUCUUCUUUCGCAAGGUGCAGCAGGAGAGGGCGAUAAGGAAACAUUCAUCACUGCUGCAGCAGCACUGGGUGAACCAUUCUACCAAGUCAGCGAGCCUAUCUGCGCGAUGGGACAUCGCACAGAAGGCGGGCUUGCAGGAUCAGCAAUGGUUCAGUUCAAUCCCAUCGAGGACUACAAGCUCAUCCAAAAGGGAGAGUGGCGCGUAAAUGGGUCAAAGGCGUUGGCUCCUCAUCCCUUCUUUAUACACGCAAAUUUCCCCAAGUUCAAUCCAGCAACUGUUUUCUCCAAGGAACAUGCUGUCAAGCCUGCUUUCAAUGACGACUGGUCAUAUACGCGGGCUUGGACAAUCCCAGAAGAGACCAUCAAAGCCUUUGGUCGUGACGUCGAGAAACAGUUCUGGGCGGAUAUACUCUGGACUGGAUGUGAGCUGGAGACACAGUUUGAAAGCUGGGCAAACAGCACUGGCAUUUGCAGCGGUGUGAAGAAAUACUGGGACGCUCAGUUUGGAUCAGAAGAUCCAGCCAGUGUAUAA